CAAAACUCGUCGAUCUUUUGCUUCUCUUUCCCUCGUUCCCCCCCAAAUUAUCAUGAACUCUUGGAAUUCGUGAUCCUCUAAUGGCUGCGAACGAGUUCCGGUUCUUCCUCUCUUGCGACAUCAAUCUCCCCGUCACCUUCCGGAUCGAGCGUUUGGAGGGUCAAUUGGCACAAUCUCCAUCCCCAACUGGUAAUGAUACAACAGAUGGGAGUAAAAAUGCAGAGCUAUUUGCUGAAUGUACGUUGUACAUUGAUGGCGCUCCUUUUGGGCUACCAACAAGAACAAGGCUGGAAUCAUCAGGUCAUCCAUAUUGUUGGAAUGAACUUGUUACACUGAGUGCUAAAUAUAGGGAUUUGACCUCUCAAGCACAACUUGCAUUAACUGUAUGGGAUGUUUCAUGUGAUAAGGAUGGUGCUUUGGUUGGAGGGGCUACUGUUCUCCUUUUUAAUCGCAAAAAGCAACUUAAAACUGGGAAGCAAAAGCUUCGUCUCUGGCCAAAAAAAGAAGCUGACGGUAAACACCCUACUAGCACCCCUGGAAAGGUUCCCAGGCAUGAGCGUGGGGAGGUGGAGCGUUUGGAGAGACUUGUGAACAAGUACGAAAGGGGUCAGAUGCAGCGUGUUGACUGGUUGGACCGCCUCACAUUCAGAGCUAUUGACAAAAUAAAGGAAAGUGAAAGUGGUAGAAUUGGCAAUUCUCACCUAAGCCUGAUAGUUGACUUCUGCAGCUUUGAGCACAGAGUUGUUUUUCAGGAGUCAGGAUCAAAUUUUUUUACCCCACCUCCAAUAUCCACGACAAAUGAGCUUGUAAUUGUUUGGGAUCCUGAAGUUGGAAGAACCAAUCCUUCUGAGCACAAACAAUUAAAGCUUGCAAGGAGUUUAAAACGCGAGAUUAUUGAUAAGGAUCUUAAACCCAGUUCAAGUGAAUGGAAGUCGAUACAAAGAAUACUUAAGUACCCACCGACAUGCAAUUUGAGUGGUGAUGAGAAACACUUGUUAUGGAAAUUCCGUUUAUCUUUAAUGUCCGAUAAGAGGGCCCUUACAAAGUUUCUUCGCUGUGUUGAAUGGAGUGAUGUUCAGGAAGCUAAACAUGCAAUUGACUUAAUGGGAAGGUGGGAAACCAUUGAUGUCACUGAUGCCUUGGAACUUCUUUCUCCUGUUUUUGAAAGUGAGGAAGUUCGUGCAUAUGCUGUUGGAAUCCUUGAAAGGGCUGAUGAUGAAGAGCUUCAAUGUUAUUUGCUUCAACUUGUACAAGCCCUUCGGUUUGAGAGAUCCGACAAGUCUCGUUUGGCACUUUUUCUUGUACAACGAUCAUUGUACAAUAUCGAGUUGGCUAGCUUUCUGCGAUGGUAUGUAGCGGUGGAGCUUCAUGAUCCUGCUUAUGCAAAGCGUUUUUAUUGUACUCAUGAAAUACUCGAAGAUAGUAUGAUGAAUGCAACUGGUUUUAAUGGAGAAGAUGGACGCAAGUUGUGGCAAAGUCUUGUGCGUCAAACUGAAUUGACGGCACAGCUGUGUUCUAUUAUGAGAGAUGUAAGAAACGUCCGUGGUGGUACACAAAAGAAGAUUGAAAAAUUGAGGCAGUUGCUUUCAGGACUCCUGAGUGAGCUUACCUAUUUUGAUGAGCCAAUUCGCUCACCUUUGGCACCUGGUGUGCUCAUAACUGGGAUUGUGCCAGCAGAAUCAUCCAUUUUUAAAAGUGCUUUACAUCCUCUACGCCUUACAUUUCGAACAGCAAGUGGGGGAACUUGCAAGGUCAUAUUCAAAAAGGGAGAUGACCUUCGGCAAGAUCAAUUGGUCAUUCAAAUGGUUUCUCUUAUGGAUAGAUUGCUGAAGUUGGAGAAUCUUGACUUGCAUCUGACUCCAUAUAGAGUCCUAGCAACUGGACAAGAUGAGGGAAUGCUAGAGUUUAUUCCAUCCAGCUCUUUAGCACAGAUUUUAUCAGAGCACCGUACUAUUGUAAAUUAUCUUCAAAAGUUCCACCCAGAUGAAGAUGGACCAUUUGGUAUUACUGCUACCUGCCUUGAAACAUUCAUAAAGAGCUGUGCUGGCUAUUCUGUUAUCACAUACAUAUUGGGUAUUGGAGACAGGCAUUUGGAUAAUCUUCUACUUAGAGACGAUGGACGCCUCUUUCAUGUGGAUUUUGGCUUCAUUCUUGGUCGCGAUCCAAAGCCAUUCCCACCACCCAUGAAACUGUGCAAAGAAAUGGUCGAGGCCAUGGGUGGAGCUGAAAGCCAAUAUUAUACCAGGUUUAAAUCUUACUGUUGUGAAGCCUAUAACAUUCUACGGAAGUCCAGCAACCUCAUCUUGAACCUCUUUUAUUUGAUGGCUCGUUCUAGCAUUCCUGAUAUAGCUUCCGACCCUGAGAAAGGCAUUCUCAAGCUCCAAGAGAAAUUCAGGUUGGACUUGGAUGAUGAGGCUUCCAUUCAUUUCUUCCAAGAUCUUAUUAAUGACAGUGUAAGCGCCUUGUUUCCUCAAAUGGUUGAGACCAUCCACAGGUGGGCUCAAUAUUGGCGCUGAUUGGCAGCAUUCUGAGUCACAAACAUCUAUCCAAAUUCCGCACAUGGUGUGGAGUCGCUUAAAAUGUCGCCAUCUGAUUCUGGCCCAUGUUAUUAUGGCAUUCAUGAUACUAACCUAUGUAUAUAGCUUUUGUUAUUUUCUGAUGAGUGCCCACUUUCCAGUCUGUAUAUAUCUUUCUUCAUGCUUAAAUUAUGUACUUCUUUUUCGUUACUCAACUGUAAUAGAGGGGAAAACAAUUUUAAGCCAAAAAAAAACAAAAAAA